UACGAGAGACCUUGUGAACGUCGCGAAAGGAAAAAGCAUCAACUGUGUCCUGAUAAUAAAUCGUUGAAUAACUGUUAGACAACAACUUCGUUAGUAAUUGUCAGUACAUGUUGCCGUGAGUCUAGUUACGUGCACUGAUUUCGCUACAGGUUGUUACAUAAAUGGUGGACUGAUGACCUUCACGUAGGUGACUUGAAUGCUGUUUCAUAAAAGGUGAACGUUUACCUUAAACGUGAAUUUGAUACAUCGAAGUGCCGGGGAGAAAUUUUGUUAAAAGUGUCAUUGGGAAGGUCCAUUGAAACAGUACUAAAAUGGGGCUCCAAGUAUAUCGUUUUUACGUGUGCUUGUUCUUGCUCAUCGCGAUAACUAGUUCCCGUCAGCGGACCUGUCAGGACAUAGUGUUUCCAGAGGAUUCUAAGCUCUUCCAGGCUACUAAAGGAAUAGUGAAGGAUGUGAGAGAAAAAAUCAAUGAAACUGGCAAAAGAGUGAACUCCAUUUUUCAGCCGUUCUGGAUUCAGAGUACAACCACCACGACUACUACGGAAGGGCCAAACACAGAGAAUAUAGACGCAUUUUACAGGAUGUUGAUAGACCUACCACGCAGAUGUCCUGCUAAUCAAACUUUCAUAAAGGGACACUGCCGCUCUUUAGUUUUUUGA